AAUCAUAUUUGGAAGUCUCUAAAAAUAAUUUCAGUAGUAAAGUCGUAAAAAUUAUUGUCGAUCAUUGAAAAUUACCUAAGUAUCAAAUGAUUCGUGUUAAAAGUUGGGCUUUCAUUAAGGUGCACAGCUUGAGGCAAAGCUGUGCAUGUCUUAUCGUUACUGGGAUACAUGCUCGGUAUUUUUUCCACUCCCCAAAGCACUCGAAACUUCAGAACAGCUCAGAAAUAAAAGACUGAUAUCUGCCCAUUAAUUUGUCAUAACAUAAUAUGGGGGCAAUUUAGCUUUUUAGGAUUAAAAGUACCAUAACUUGAGCAUAAUGUAGAAGUAAAUUGAUAAUUUAAUUAAGUUAGUCUUUUGGAAGUUCAUUAAUGUAUGUUAGUUAUUAUAGUUUGAAGUAAAUAUGGUCGUGUUGGUGGUGAAUGUAGGGCGGGCGGAGGCUGGCUCCGCGCUCGUUUAGGGCUGGGCUUGCACUGGCGAGGUUGCGGGAUUGCCUCGACACUUGUUUUCAGGUUACAAUAGAGAGUAAAACAAUAAACAAAAAUGAUCGAUUAUAAAGAAAAAGAUAAACGUCCGCGUUCGUUAGACGAUUGCGGCUUUGACUGUUUCCACAAAAUACAUGAGUGUACACCUGAAGAAUCUUUAGGAAACUUCGUUCGUUGUUCGAGGUACACCCACAGGCGAUGGUUGCUGCUACUAUCCGUACUGUUCAUGGUUGAAUGGUACUAUUUAUACAAUUACUCGGAAUAUAGGAAAGAUUUGGAAAGUAAUAUUUAUAAGCUAGGUUAUGCUAACGCGAGCACGAAUAAUCAUAAUGUGCCUGGAGAGGCUGAUUUAGUUUAUAAGUAUUCCUUGAAAAAUUCUUCGGAAAUUUUAAUGGAUUACAAGCACGAAUAUAAUUCUUCUUAUUAUUGGUUCAUGUCAAUGAAACAUUUAUUUAAGAAUAUUGGUGAAGAAGAGACUCGCAGAUAUUCUGAAGGCGUACCUAGCUGUCAAUUAAAUGAGUCUUCUUUGGGUCCAAUAUUAGUAGACAAAAGUAUCCCGGACCUCAAAUGGGUUGAGGACCGGAAUACCGACGUGAGUCCAGGUGGUUACUACGCACCUGUGGACUGCCGCGCAUCACAUCGAGUGGCUAUUAUAGUUCCAUACCGUAAUCGGAAAAUGAAUUUAGCUGUCCUCCUUCGCUAUUUGCAUCCGUUUCUGAAGAAGCAAUUAUUGGAGUACAGGAUAUUCGUCAUUGAGCAAUACGGUAUAGAACAAUUCAACAAAGGCACAUUAUAUAACAUUGCAUUCCUGGAGAGCCAGCGGUUCGGCAGCUGGGACUGCCUGAUCUUCCACGACGUGGACCUCAUCCCCGAGGACGAGAGGAUCUCCUACACCUGCAUGAAGUACCCCACUCAUAUGUCUCCGUCAGUCGAAUCACAAAACUAUAAUUUAGCCUACGAAACUCUAUUCGGUGGCGUGACGUCACUUAUGCCUGACCAAUAUAUCGCUGUCAAUGGCUACUCUAACUUCUACUGGAGUUGGGGUGCCGAAGACGACGAUAUGUAUAUUAGACUACAAUCUGCAAAACUACCAAUGCUUCGAUACAACAGCACUAUAGCCAGGUUCGCUACUUUGCCUCACGAGCGCAAUAGAGCAGGAAAGGAUAGGUACUUUUUCCUUGACUAUUCAAAACUUCGGUACCAGGUUGAAGGCUUGCGUUCAACAAAGUACAAGUUGUUGAGCGUAGUCAAGCGGAAACUGUACACUCACAUUCUAGCCGACGUGAACCCCAUCAGAAUGAAAAUAGCGAUGAAGAGCAUAAUGAGGCAGCUCGCCAAACUCUUUGGGAAUAAACUGUCCUACAGUGGAGCAGAAGUAAAGGAAGGCGAACUCUAUCACGUGGUGGAGAGGAAAUCUCUGACGCGUCUGUGAAAUGACGAGAUAAUGGGUCGGUCGCAAUGCAUGGUGCAGGAUUAGCUCUCAAGUCCCAAUGAACAUUUGAGAUUUAAGAUUUUAUAUCAUCAUGUGUUACCCAACCAGUAAUUAUCGCCAAAAUUGUCACCAUGAAUUUAAUGAUCUGUUUCUGACAUGUAUUGUUACUCUUUUGUAACCUUUGCGCUAGGAAUAUAUAAGAAAAAUACAAAAACAUAGAAAAACCGAGACAACUCGUAAAAGCCAGGAAGCCUUGCCUUAAAUUUUAUAACGCACUUUGUAAAAUUUUGUAGAUUUACUUUAUUUUUAACUUUCUGUGAUGUCGUUUUGUAAUUGAUACACUUUUGUUUUAAUUAAAGUUUUCACUGAAU